AAUGAGAUCAUACAUAUAGAUAUCACUAGAUAAGAGGAUUAUUUCUCUCGAAUUACCUCCCAUCCUAUAUAUUCUGAACCCCAACUAGCUUCACCUUCAUCACAACCAACUUCAACAAUAUUUCAAACACUCAUCACUUUUCUCUUGAUAUAAACACCAUGGCAGCUGCUACAAUGGCUCUUUCAUCCCCUUCUUUUGCCGGACAGGCAGUCAAACUCUCACCAUCUGCCUCAGAAAUCACGGGAAAUGGAAGGAUCACUAUGAGAAAGGCUGUCUCCAAGUCUGCCCCAUCUAGCAGCCCAUGGUAUGGCCCUGACCGUGUUAAGUACUUGGGCCCAUUCUCUGGUGAGUCCCCAAGCUACUUGACCGGUGAAUUCCCUGGUGACUACGGGUGGGACACUGCUGGGCUUUCAGCAGAUCCAGAAACCUUUGCCAAGAACCGUGAACUUGAGGUGAUCCACUGCAGAUGGGCUAUGCUUGGUGCUCUUGGAUGUGUCUUCCCAGAGCUCUUGGCCCGUAACGGUGUCAAGUUUGGUGAGGCUGUGUGGUUCAAGGCCGGAUCCCAGAUCUUCAGUGAGGGUGGACUUGACUAUUUGGGAAACCCAAGCUUGGUCCAUGCACAGAGCAUCUUGGCCAUCUGGGCUUGCCAAGUUGUGUUGAUGGGAGCCGUUGAAGGUUACCGUAUUGCUGGUGGACCUCUUGGUGAGGUCGUCGACCCACUAUACCCUGGUGGCAGCUUUGACCCAUUAGGCCUUGCUGAAGACCCAGAGGCAUUUGCUGAGCUCAAGGUAAAGGAGAUCAAAAACGGCAGACUUGCUAUGUUCUCUAUGUUUGGAUUCUUUGUUCAGGCCAUUGUUACCGGAAAGGGUCCAUUGGAGAACCUCGCUGACCACCUUGCUGAUCCAGUUAACAACAAUGCCUGGGCUUACGCCACAAACUUUGUUCCCGGAAAAUGAAAAUCUUUAAACAUUCUCAAGUUUCUUAUCGUCUGAUGACAUUGUAAAGCUGCGGUGUGCUACCUGACAAUAUAAUGAAAUUUUGAUUGUGUUUGAA